ACUUCAAUAUCAUACCAUCAUGGUGUAAAUUCCGAAUCUUUUCCACGUCAUGAAUUUAGUAUGAUCGAUUUAAGCGUAAUAUGAUGAAAUUUGACGACACUUUUAGCCCAACAUACAGAAAUCAAUUAUAAUUUUAUCAAAUAUUAAUUGUAAAUUAUCUACGCCGCCGGCUACAAAUCUGUGCCUUAUUACUGUUUAGUGUUUAAUGAAUAUUUCUAAAGACAUCGGUAUUUUUGUUUAUAGCUUUCAUUCAAAUAGUUUAACACUCAAUUUUUGUUUGAAUCGUGUAGCCGGGAAUAUAAUCUGGUAUUCGGGUGUAUAAUCAUUAUAUCCCGGUCUGGGGAAUCCGUAUAAACCGGCUCCAUACAUAACAUAUACCCUGAGUUCCUGGAACCCGGUUGGUUCAACUUAUUUCACCACGAUUUGAAUGAACACGGUAGAACGGAGAGAGAAGGAGAGAGGUUUAGUUCUCUAAUAAACUCUCACAGGAACGGAUACGUUGCCUAGCUGUAUAUAUUUAAAAAUAAGAGUUAUAAAUCAGGAACACUUGAUAUUCUAGUUCUGUACCUCGCUAUUUACUGUUAUAAAACUUCAUCUAUAAGUGCUGUGUUGGGACCGGAGAAGUGUAGAAUGUGAACAAUGAUUAGAAUUAUACUUCUUGCUUUUACUCUGGGUUCAGUUGGAAGCAGUCAGUACUUUAUCACUGAACCUGAGGAUGUUACCGCAAAUAUCGGAGAUGAAGUUAUCCUAAAAUGUGUUGUCGGAGAUAGAGAAGGAAUCCUACAAUGGACCAGGAACGGGUUCGGUUUGGGAACAGAUCCUGAGCUGCCAGGGUAUCCUAGAUACAGUUUAACCAGUGAUCUAUCCCUAAAGAUUAGUCCUGUAUCAGAUCAAGAUGUCGGAGAGUUCCAAUGUCAAAUUGGAGCCGGAGAUACAAGUCGUCCUCUAAGAUCUAAACCUGCGAAAAUCUCGGUUCAGCUACCGCCUGGAGUACCAGUAAUCCUGGGCGGAGAAACCGGAGUUAUUUCCGUCAAUGAGGAUUCUAUCGAGAUCUUAGAGUGUGAAUCUGCCGGAGGUAAACCUGCGGCUAGGAUAGAUUGGAGAGAUGAGUCAGGGAAACCGUUCAAACUUGACAUGGUUGAUACAAGAACAAUGAAAGAAGAUAAAAACCAAACCUUUAAAACUAUAUCUAGUGUGAGGUAUAAGGUAGAGCGAGCCAUGCACAAUAAAACAGUAAUCUGUUCAGCAAUUAAUAUUGCAAGUACAGAGUCUAAGAACACUAAAGUUAGAUUAAACGUAAUGUAUAAACCCAAAGUAUCUCUGGGUAUAAACUCUGGUGCAGGUUUGAUCAGGGAAGGAGACAAUGUCAUCCUUCACUGUGAAGCAGACUCCAACCCUGCUCCGUACUCAUACUCUUGGAGAAAGAACGGAGCUAUUCUACCUGGAGAACUAACUCCUUAUUUGGUUGUAGAGAAGAUAGACAACAGUUUUCAUUCAGCUCGUAUAGACUGUGAAGCUAGAAACUCUCUGGGUUCAGAUACGGCUGGGAAAUCUUUAACCCUGCAGUACGCUCCAAUCAUGGUUCUCCAACCUCGCUCCGUGACCGGGAAGGAAGGAGACGAGGUUACUCUAAGCUGUGGAGCAACUAGUAAUCCUCCAGCCAGAUAUAUCUGGUUCAAGGAUUCAAACCCCCAACCAAUCGAGUUCUCAGAUAAGAUUAAAAUCCUGGUCUCCGAAUACUCCGUAGGAACGUAUAGAUGUGAGGCUGUGGUUGAAGGAUUCCAGAAUGCAGAAUCUAAACCUGCAGUUGUCUCCAUCCUGGAGAAACCUAGGAUUGGUACGGUGGAGACUCAGUUCGGGUAUAUUGGAGAGGACUUGGAGAUUAUCUGUCCAGUUGUAUCUAAAACUCAAUCAUUAAACAUCACCUGGUACUAUAGAGGACGAGUUCUGCAGGAAGGCGGAAAAUAUCUGAUGGGACGGAAAUCUGAGGAUGAAAAGAUUGAAAGUAUUCUCCGGAUCCGUAAACCAACGGAGCUAGAUUUUGGAGAGUACGGAUGCAGAGCAGACAACGAUAUUGGAGCCGACUAUACCUCCAUCCAGGUCCAGAUACGCUCCAACUUUAAUAUAUUGGAGUACCUACCCUUUAUAGGGAGCGGAGUGGCAGGUGUGUUCCUGGUUUUAAUUAUACUACUAGUAGUUUACUGCUGUAGGAGAAAGAAACCCGAAAAUCAUCUCAUUUCAAUGAACUCCGAAAAACCGAUCAUCCGAGCAAGUCGGGAUUUAUCGAAUAAGAACCUGGAUUUAGAGGAUGGAUAUCGUCCAAAUAUAAUCGAUAUCUACGGGAAUGAACCCUCCCAAGACCGGCGACUGCAGAACGUGCACCCAGAGUUUGCCGGUUACUAUGGGAACCCACAUCUCAACUCCCGACGGGACGAGGAUAGGUUAUCCUCUAGAUCUAGUUCUCAGAGUACUCUACCUCCAGCUCUAGAAUCCUGGAGCAGACCUCCACCCAACGGCGGACGGAGAUCCUUGUCUCCGAAUGCAUCUGAAGGAGUUGAUAUCUCCGCCAACUCAACACUCAGCUCAGUACUCUCCGGAGGGUCUAGAUCUAGCAGGUAUAGCAUUUAAUUAUUUUAUAUUCUU